AUGCUUAUGUUUUCUGAGCUAACCAAUCCUGUUAACUUAUGGGAACAACAUUGGAGGUCAAUGGUUGACGAUUUGCUCUACAAUUUAAGAAGAGAGUCGAGGAAUGACAUUUGUAUAAGUGAUAUGGAUCUCAAGGAUUGGGGUCUUCAAGAAAUUGAAUUGAUACUUAGCAAAAAUAGUAGGAGUCUUUUAGAUUUUCCCCCGAUGCCACAACCAUCCGGUAGAUCAUUUACCUAUCUAUCAAAUAGACUGAUACGAGAAGCGCUCGAUUACAAUGCAGGUAAUGAGGAGCAUUCAUUUAAUUCAUUGCAUGCAGGAUUGAAUAUUGAUCAACUCCAUGCUUACAAUGAAAUUAUUGAGUCUUACGAGGGUAAACAUGGAGGGCUUUUCUUCGUCAAUGGGAGUGGGGGAACGGGAAACACAUAUUUGUGGAAGACCAUCAUUGCUAAAUUUCGGUCACAGAGAAAAAUUGUGUUAUCAGUUGCAUCAUCUGGAAUUGUAGCUUUGUUACUGCCAAGUGGUCGAACCGCACAUUCACAUUUCAAGAUACCAAUUGAAUUAGAUGAUUCAUCACAUUGCUCCAUUAAUGUCAACUCAAAUUUGGCAGAUUUGAUUCGAGAGUGUUCAUUGAUAAUAUGA